GUCCUUCUCAUACUUGUAGUACAAGAUCCUUUGGUACUUAAUGUAAAGAUUAAUGCAUUCAUUGACAUGAUUUAAAAUUAGUGUAUUCCAUGACAUAACAGGAGGCGGAAUGAUAAGCGGUUUUUUCCUUGGUGUAUUCUUUUGUCUACUGAAUCCAAAUGAGGCAACUCGGUGCUUUGAGUGCAGUAAUGUGCCUUUUCCACGUGAUUGUACAAAGUUGAUAACAUGUAAAUCUGAUGAGAAUUGUUUCACAGAACAGAUUAUUACUGCAGGCGGUAACAAGGUUUAUAACUCUGGCUGUCUUUCCAAAUCGAUUUGUCCUCAGCUUGGCACACCACCAAUUGUUGGUAAAAGAACAAUAAACAUUAACGACAAGCCUACCACAGACAUUAGCACGUGUAUAGAAUGUUGUACGGAUGAUUUCUGCAACCUUAAGGGAUGCGGAGCUCAUGAAAUCCCAAUUGAACAACGCGGACCAUAUUGUUACAAUUGUGACGUUCUUAACCUUGUGGAUUGCAAUAGUGUGGCUGUUUGUGCGCAGAACGAAUUAUGCCUGAUGUUUAAUCCAUACAAACUAAGCGGUCUUCCAGAAACCAUCUAUAGAGGACAAUGUGAAUCACUUUCUGCAUGCGCGGCCUUGACACACGUAUAUAGUAAUGCAAAAUGUACUCCAAUGUGUUGCAAUACUGAUUUCUGUAAUGAUCAUUGUGGGGUUACCUCAAAUGAAACCAAGACGACAGCUCAACCGCAAACAACCGUAAAUAUGGCACAAACACCAAAGAACAUUUCCUCGCAUCAACUGGAAGCAGUAGUAACCAGCAAGUUAUCAUUAAAUUUAACAACCGAAUCGCAGGCAACGAUCACAUCUAUAGGUCACUCCAAAACAACCCUUCAAGUUACGCAGACAUCAGAAAUACUCAAUACUCAUACAACACAAACAAAACAGCCGGCAGCAGAUAUGUCAACACAGUCAGUUUUCACAACACAAGGGGGGACAGAUGGAACAACAACACCCAACCCUAAUGCACACUUUCACUGUUAUGGACAUUACAUACAUUUACGGAAUGCAAAUGCACAAUUAUGUGUUCAUAUUGUACUUAAACACGUAACGUGGCAUAAUGCUCGUCUUGCAUGCAAGCAGGAAGGUGGUGAUCUUGUUGUCCUGGAUACGCAUGAAAAGGUGUUGUUAAUGAAGAGCGAAGUUGCAAAGUCUGAUCACUCCGCCUAUUGGAUAGGGGCCCGAGACACGCAUCAAAAUAAUCAUUUCUUUUGGAUAAACCAUCAUCAUGUAGAUGAUACCGAAGCGGAUUGGGCAAACGGUCAACCCAACCAUAGUCACUAUGGAUACGAUCAAGACUGUGUUUCCAUGGUCAGAUAUAGUUACCAUUGGCAUGAUACCGAAUGUAAUACGAAGCAUCUAAAUUAUAUUUGUGAACGAUAUUAAAGACAUUCAAAACUA